AUGGUAUGUUGAAAGUCGAUGUUGUUGCUGCUGUUGGUAACAGCCUUCAAUGGUGUCAUUAUGCUAACAAUUUUGCGUGCCAGUCAUCAGUUUUAAAAUCCGCCCAAGCUUUAAAGCCAUUGUUUGACAGAGUCUUGGUUCAAAGAUUGAAACCAGCUACCAAGACAGCCAGUGGUCUCUACAUUCCAGAAAAGAACCAGGAGAAGUUGAACCAAGCCACUGUUAUUGCCAUUGGACCAGGCAUGACCAACACAACUACCGGGGAAGUGAUACCUGUUUCAGUUGCUGCUGGUGACAAGGUUUUGUUGCCUUCAUUUGGGGGAAACCCAGUGAAAGUUGGAGAGGAAGAGUAUUUGUUGUUCACCGACAAGGAAAUCUUGGCCAAGAUUGAAGAAUAA